AUGACAUCACCGUCCAGGAUGACUUCUAUGUCAAAAGACCUGAGAGAGACAUCCAGAGCCACAGCUGCAGCCAGCAAGGCUACUUCUGCUGAGACCGCGGAACUGAGUCAGGAAACUCCAGCCACGACAGCGUCAGCAUCCAACUCCGGGGUCAGUGGGGCAGAAUCGUCAGUGUCCCCUGUCUCUGAGAAGCUGGCCAUCGUCACAUCAAACACGCCAGGCGAAAACACACUCGAGCCCCUCACAGCCAUGCACACGGUCCAGCGCCCUGAGAUAACAGCUAGGACCGGGACCAGCGGAGCGUCCCCUGAACGCACCCCCAGGGCCAGUCCUGGAGCGGGCGCCUGUGCUUCCGAUGAGCACACGGCCAGUGGGGGAGGCUGCGUGUGCAAGGCCAACUUCUACAACCACACAGAACUGUCCAGGACGUCGGUGGCCCUGCACUGCCAGCCACGGACAAUUGAGGUGGUCCUACACAGCUGUUUCCUGGACACGCACCACUGGAUGCUGAAGAAGGGUGCCUUCUCGGGCUGCUCCAGUGUCAGCACCAUACAGCAGAGUCGCCGUGUCCAGGUCUUCACGCUGGAGAAGAAGGAGGAUGCUUGUGGGCUCCGCCUUUCUACCAACAACAGCCAUGCCGUGUACUCUCUGGAGGUGGAGUUUCUGCGGGUUCUCCCUGGCUUCAACCUCACUGACUCCACCAAGCUCAGCUUCAGCUGCUUGUACCCUCUGGUGGUGACCGUCAGCCAGAACCAGCCCUACCCAGUGGUCUCCUUCCCCACCAUCCACAUCCCCGGCACUGGAGACGUCAUUGUCAUCUUGGGCAUCUUCACAGACCCACAGCUCUCCACUCCACUUGAGAACAGAACGGUGCCACUUGGCACACCCCUCCAUGUGGUCCUCAGGGCCACAAGCAGUGAUCCUGACCGAUUUGCCCUGGUGGCUGAUGAGGUCUUUGCAAGCACCAACACCUCCAGGACGGGUACCACUAAAACCACCUACCACUUUGUGAAAGACAGCUGCCCAGUCAGCAACCGGCUGCUGCAGGGCCUGCAGGCCAACGGGGAUUCUCUGCAGGUGACGUUAGCCUUCAACCUGUUCCACCUGGCGGCCCGUGACCCGUUCUACCUG